AUGGAUAACAGUUGGAAUACUUGGGGAUCGUCUUCGAAUAAUGCUGAUGAUGAUGACGACGACUGGCAACUCAUCCAAUGGGCGAUGGUUAUUCUAUUCAACCCUGUGGCUAAACGUCUAGCAGGAUAUAUAUUGCCUCUAUCGUGCAGAAAUAGCAUGCUAUCUGGCCGCACGUAUGUGCACGAAGUGAUUAAUGGCCAUCCUGCAAGAGUACUUGAGAACUGUAGAAUAAUGAUGGAUAGCUUCAUGCGCUUAUGUGACAUUCUUGUGAGUGGGGGAUAUGUACCGCAAAAUCCCCAGAAAAGAGUCAUCAUAGAGGAAGCAGUGUACAUGACAUUAGUUAUGUUAAGCCACAAUCAUCGAAUGUGGUGUCUGGCUGAACGAUUCCAACAUUCCCCGGAGACCAUCUGUUGGAACAUUCAUGAGGUGUUACGGGGGCUUUGUGCAUUAGAUGGUACACAUGUUCCAGCACAUCCGCCACCUGGACAGCAAGCGGCGUACACGAAUAGGCAUGGACAAGCAACUCAAAAUGUACUAGCCGUUUGUGAUUUUGAUAUGCGCUUUUUAUAUAUUUAUGCUGGUUGGGAAGGAAGCGCCCAUGAUGCACGUGUCUUGGACGGAGCACUAACAGGACUUACACAUUUUCCGAUGCCCCCUCCAGGAAAAUACUACCUUGUGGACUCGGCAAAUAGAAAUGUUCCUGGAUUUCUUGCACCUUAUCGUGGAACAUCUCGACAACCUGCACAGGGUCGGUGUGGGUGUUUCUCCCCGAAACAACUUUUCAAUACUCGUCACUCAUCACUUAGAAAUGACGAAUUACCAGAUGAUGACAUAUUCAAUGAUUAUGAGCAAGAGAUGGAUAUCAAAGGAGAAGGUGAGGUCCCGCCAAUGCCAGAAAUUCAACCCCUAAGUGCCUCGCAAGAAGAGGUCAAUAAACGGCAUGAAAUGAGAGAUGCAAUGGCAAACGGAAUGUGGAAUGCGUAUCGGAGUGUGAGGCGAAAGUGA